AACGCCGUCAACCUCUUCCAGGUAGUCGUUGAGCUCGGCCGCCACGUCCAUGUCCCAGUUCUUGGUGAGCUCCCGGAUGGGCUGCAGCAGCACAAAUCCGGAAGUAAGCAGCGUCGCCAAGAAGAGGACGAAGCGAAUGGCCAUGGAUCCAGUCCACAAAGAAGUUCUGCGGACGCUGCGUGUGGAUUUGUCCGAGCAGCUGCUGGUGUCGGACGGCGUGCUGCCUCUCUUGUAUCAGGAAGGCAUCCUGACGGCCGCGCAGGUGGAGGAUAUCUUGGCCGAGAGCACCGACCGGAAGCGGUGCCUCAAGCUGCUCGACGUUCUGCCGAGGCGCGGCCCGAAAGCCUUCGGGGUCUUCCUCCGAGCUCUCGACGACUUCGCCUGGCUCCGAGAACGACUGCUGCAAGAGCUUCGCGACCGGACCUGCACCGGGACCGCCACCGCACCGCUCGGGGCUCCGACGAGCCUCCGGGGAUCGUCGUCGACCACUGAGGUCGCAUGCGGCCUUCCAGACCACGUGGCCCAGCAAGUCCCUUCCGAGCGUCAGCUCUCGCGUCUGGCCUCGGUGCUGGGCGACGAGUGGGAGUCGGUGGCGAUGGACCUGGGCGUGUCGUCGGCCGCCCUGUUCCGUUGCCGCGCCGACAACACGCUCUGUUGUCGCGACGCCGCGCUGGCUGCCCUGUUGCUGUGGCGACGCUCGCAAGGGAAGAACGCCACAGCCCGACGGCUGCAAGAAAGUCUGCGGGCCGCCGGCAUCCACUCGGCCGUCCUGCAGGAUGUCAUGAUGGCGUGACCGAGACCGAAGCCUCAUUUGGGCAGAAUAGUUUUAUUUACAUUUUUAAGAUACACUUCAAUUCCAUUUUGAAGGCUGGACUAAGAUUAAAAAAAAAA